UUAAUCCAACGCCCUCUCUGCUAAUAUAACCUCGUUCUCCACCGUGCUCUGCUCGUCCCCACCCACGCAUACGUGAUCCCACGGCCGAGUCGUUGCUCUAAUACGACACCGCCCGACGCCAUCCCUGUCGAUCUCCUCCUCCUCGUGCCGUCGUCUCGUGUACAGGCAGCUGAUGGCCGUGCGGGCGCAGUACUAUGCCGCCCACGCCUUCCCCCACGACUCCCGCGCCAUCAGGCCAGCGCUGGACACGGUGUUCCUCAACGAGCCCGCCGGCGGCCACCUGCUGGCUGCCAUGCCGCAGGUGGUGGGCGGCAACACGGUGUUCAGAGACCCGCCCAGCGACCUCACCUGCAACAACAACAAUCACGACAGUUGCUGCUUCGUGCCGAGGAAGCGCGCGCGGGUGGGCGACGCCAGCGCAUGUCUGAUCCUGGAGGGGCACGGCGCUCUGCUGCCGCCGCCCGUGCCGAUGCCGCAGGUGUUCGCGCCCCCGGGCGGCGUGCAGAGCAGGGUUCUCUGCUCUGGUGCAGCGUCCACCAGUGGGCGCCCGGCCAGCGCCGCGCCGGUCUCACAGGGCCUCCUUUUGCAUCUCUACCGCCACAGCGUCGAGAUCGACGCAUUCAUCCGUAUCGAGAAUGAGCGGCUCAGAGCAGGGCUGGAGGAGGCACGGCGCCGGCACAUCAGAGCGGUGGUGUCCGCGGUGGAGCACGCAACUGCGAGGCGGUUACGCGACGCGGAGUCGGAGCUAGAGCGCGCCCUAUUGCGCAACGCGGAGCUCGAGGAGAAGCUCCGGCAGAUGAGCGCCGAGGGGCAGGCGUGGCAGGGUGUCGCCAAGAGCCACGAGGCCGUCGCCGCCGGUCUCCGUGCAACGCUCGACAAGCUCCUUCAGUCGCCAUGCGCCGGCGAAGGCGCGAGCGCGCGCGCCGAGGGUGACGGCGACGCCGAGGACGCGCAGUCGUGCUGCUUCGAGCAGGACGGAGACGAGGCGUCCGUCGAGCGGGUCAGGACGAGGGCGUGCAAGUCGUGCGGCGAGGCGGACGCGUGCGUGCUGCUGCUGCCGUGCCGGCACCUGUGCCUGUGCGGCGAGUGCGAGGCGGCCGUGGACGCGUGCCCCGUGUGCGCGGCCUCCAAGAACGGAUCGCUCCACCUCCUCCUCGCUUGACCUGGUCGACGCGGCAGGCCCGCGUAUUGGUUGGACCCAAGAAUUGCUAUGGGUGGCUGUGGGAAGCCAUUGCCUAUUUUGAAAUCAAGAUUGGAUUCUUGCCUUGUUGUCAUCACCUCGAUCGAGAGGAAGUCAAACGCUGCUGCUACGAGAAAAGACGAGAGCUUGUGUAAGUGCCACUAGGUGCCGAAACAUAUGGAACAUGCCAAGUAAAGCUCAGCUGCGUACUGAACUGUACUGGAAAUUUGUGUUCAAUAUCUCCAACCCAUAAACCACGGAUCCUGCAGAUGGAAAAGAAGCUUCAGAAACGUGGAAUUUGUCUUCUGGUGGUCUAGAUCUUCUGUAAAGCUAGCCAGGGCUAUUUUUCUAUCAUGGGAAAGCUUGGGCUAGUAUGUGUAGUGUAAAGUUCAGAAAAACAGAAAACGUACGUA